AUGCAAAGCAACGAGGGCCAGUCGCACCGACCCAUCGAUGGAAAGGUUGCCCCGACUCAGGAUAAGCAUAUAAGUCCGGUUAUGACGGAGUCAACCGCCAUGAAACAAGCUGGAACGGCCUCGCAUGCCGUCGAUGAUCCUGUUAGCAAUCCACUGGCAUUACUUGUCGCUGCCUCAGGGGCCAUGCAUUCCGAAUCAAUAUCGAACACUCCGGUAUCCAAUGCGGAGUCGGCACAUGAAGGACAAUCUCCGACUUUCACAAGUAUCGCAAACAGCUUUCUUAACCGACCAGGACACGUGUCACUAGGCCUAAAAUUGAGUCGUGAAUCGCUACAGAGUGGGCUAGACGCCCUGUUCGCGGCUCCGACAAGCAAUGACAAGUGUACUGAUUAUUUUCGUCCCCCCGAUGAUGGCCCUCCACGAGAUGUUGGCCCGGACCUGGAUCCGGUGGAGUUGGGGUUAAUUUCAAUGGAGGAGGCUUAUCACUAUUUUUCCAUGUACUUCAUGCGCUUACAUCUAGUCAAUGGUAUCCUUGACCCUAAAUUGCACACCGUGGACUAUGUGCGUUCCAAGUCGGCACUGCUAUUUACAUGGAUGCUCGCCCUCACAGCACAAUUCGAUCAUGGGUCCGCAGCCAUUGCAAAGCGACUACGUUUGCAUGGCGAGAAAUUGUCGCGACAUGUUCAUACGUCCGGGUUCAAAUCAGUGGAGAUCGUGCAGGGGUACUAUAUUUCACUUUUGUCAGCCACCCCCGCCAGAACGCUGUCGGAAGAGCGAUCGUGGCUAUAUACCAUGUAUGCAUUUGGAGUGGCGGCCGAGCUGGAGCUGGAUCGCGCGCCUCCGUCAUAUUCAUAUCACAACGAUGGCAACCUUACCCCCAACUGCACACCACGCUCGCCCACUAACCACGACCGGGAAGACCGAACACAUGUCGAGCGACUAGUUCGCAAUCGGGAGAGAACCUGGCUACGUAUCCUCCUCUGGGAGCGAGCGAACAGCGGUGCCUCUGGCAGAAUGAAUGCCAUUCCCGAAAACGACCUUACCCGCAAUAUCGAGCGCUGGUGGAUGCAUCCACUUGCCGACUCGACGGACAAACACACCGUCGCCUUCAUCAUCCUCCGUCGCCACCUGGCAUCCUUACACGCGGAACUACAGCGACAGACAGCGCUAUCACAUUCCAACCCGCAUUGGGUGCGCGAUCUCGUAGAUGCCACGUUAGAACCGUUGCGGAAGACAUGGAUAUAUACAAUCGCCCCAUCUUCAGAACCGCUGCCAAAUGUGCACCUCCAUCAUGUAUAUCUCCAUAACCGACUAUGGACAUUAUCAUUUGCCCUGCAAGCCUCCAUCAGUAGCAACCAUGAUCUCAAUACCAUGCGAGAGGACUGUUUCCAGGCCGCGGUGCAUUGCUGCGAAGUCGCCGUGCACGACCUUGAACAGAUCGGGGAGCCAUUAUACUGCAUGCUCGCUCCAACUUGGGCGAUGAUGUCUUACACGGCAACCCUUGCCCUGAAGCUUUUCCAGUAUGUACAUCAGGGACGGCCGGGAGGCGAGAUAGAGCUCCUCGCAUUACUGGCACAGGUUGCACUGCAGCUCAAACGCGCUGGAACAACACCGUCACACCGGUUCGGGAUUGCUGCGAUAUUAGGACACCAGUUAUUGAUGAUCCUACGGACGCGAGCGGCCGGCCUGGCUUCUACAACUUCGAUCGCGGAAACUGACCACGAUGGUAACAAUAGCGGCGCCCAAAGUACCUCACACUGCCCGUCACAAGAGGGCUCGUUAAGUAUCGGCCCUAUGACAGAUAUACCGCUGGAUACACAUACCCAGGAUCCAUUAUCAUCUCCGUAUGGCCCCAGCUUAACGACCUUGACAAUGGGGAUGGAAAAUGAUCUUAUGGGCGAUGGGUUUGGGGAUUUAUUUCGAGAAAUAUUCGGCCCUAGCUUUGAGGAAAUCUUUUAG